AUGGCUUGGGAGGAACCGAGGAAGACGGGCAUGCAGUAUCGCCGCCUGGGCGACACUGGCCUUCACGUCUCUGCACUUAGCUUGGGUGGAUGGAUCACAUUUGGUGGCCAAGUCGACAAUGAAAAGACAUUUGCCAUCAUGAAGCAGGCAUACGACUGCGGUAUCAACUUCUUUGACACUGCAGAGAGUUACGCUGGCGGCAAGUCAGAAGAGGCCAUGGGCGCCGCCAUCAAGCAUUUCAACUGGAAGCGCAACGACCUGGUCAUCAGCACCAAGCUGAACUGGGGCGGCGAUAACGGCGAGAUCCUGGUCAACAACCACGGCCUGUCGCGGAAGCACAUCAUCGAGGGCCUGCGCGCAUCCCUCCGGCGCCUGGACCUCGAGUACGUCGACAUUGUCUACGCGCACCGGCCGGACCGCCUGACCCCCAUGGAGGAGACGGUCCGGGCCUUCAACCACGUCAUCGAGGUCAAGGGCUGGGCGCUGUACUGGGGCACGUCCGAGUGGAGCGCCGACGAGAUCGCCGAGGCCUGCGGCAUCGCCAACCGCCUCGGCCUGAUCCCGCCCGUCGUCGAGCAGCCCAUGUACAACAUGCUCAGCCGCGACAAGGUCGAGAGGGAGUUUCAGCGCCUGUACAAGCGCUUCGGCAUCGGCCUCACCACCUUCAGCCCGCAAAAGUUUGGCCUGCUGAGCGGCAAGUACAGCGGCCCCAUCGAGACGUGGCCCGAGGGCUCGCGCUUCAGCGACAAGGGCGGCGACGUCAAGUUUGGCAGCGUCAUCAGGAAACAGUUCGGCACCGACCACUGGAAGGCCGAGGUCGAGAAGAUCCAGAAGCUCAAGGUCGUCGCCGACAAGCUGGAAAUCUCGCCGUCUCAGCUCGCCGUCGCUUGGUGUCUCAAGAACGAAAACGUGUCCUCGGUCAUCCUGGGCGCAUCCAAGCCGGAGCAGAUUGUCGAGAACUGCAAAGCCCUGCAAUUGGUUGAGAAGCUGACCUCCGACGUCAUGAAGGAGAUUGAUGGCAUCGUCGGUGAGGUCAAGCUUGACCCGGCAAGGCAGGACUAG